AGGCCCCCUGACUUCCUGUAUACAUGGUAAGAAUCUAUCUGCUCAUGACCAUUUCUUCUGGACCCCGGAGGCUGAGCAGGCUUUCCUGUCUGUGAAACAAGCGCUGUGUUCUGCUCCAGCCCUGGCUCUGCCAGACCCAGCCAAACCUUUCUUUCAGUUUGUUGAUGAAAAACAUGGUUUCAUGUCUUCUGUUCUCCUUCAACAGCACGGCUCUCACAAGCGCCCGGUGGCCUAUUACUCUUCCAAGCUCGACUCUGUUGCUGCGGGUCUUCCUGGCUGUCUGAGAGCUGUGGCUGCAUGUGAGAAGGCUGUACUUGCAUCACGUGACAUUGUGGGAUACAGUGAGCUAACUGUUUUUGUUCCUCAUUCUGUAUCCAUCAUUUUGCUCGAACAAAAGACUUCUCAUCUGUCUGCAGCUAGAUGGCUGAGAUACACCACAGUUCUUCUCGAUAUGCCUAACAUCACUACGAAACGGUGUACAUCACUUAACCCUGCCACUCUUCUUCCUACCGCAGAAGAUGGUGUUCAUCACUGUUGUGAGACUGUUCUGUCUGAAAUCUGCACUCCGAGACCAGAUUUAUCUGAUGAGCCUCUUCCUAACUCUGAUCUCAUUCUUUUUUGUGAUGGCUCCUCCUUCAGAGACCAUUCUGGUAAGAACAGAGUGGGUUUUGCUGUCUGUGAUGAGCAUCAGGUUCUCUUCUCUGGCUCCCUCCCUUCACAAUUCUCUGCUCAGACAGCUGAACUUGUUGCUCUCACUGAGGCCUGUAAAUUCGCACAAGGUAAGUCCCUGACUGUGUAUACCGAUUCGCGUUACGCCUUUGGUGUAGUUCAUGACUUUGGUGCGUUGUGGCGUCACCGUAAUUUUUUGAAAUCUGAUGGUAAGCCUAUUUUGAACUCCACACAGGUUGCGGCUCUCCUUGACGCUAUUCUUCUUCCUUCAGAUGUCGCUGUAGUGAAAUGUCAAGCUCACACUAAAGACACUUCCUCUGUUGCCCGUGGCAACGCCUUGGCCGACCAGGCUGCUAAGCAGGCAGCUCUGUCAGCCUCGCCGCACAUUCUCACCUCUUCUCCUCUCACAGAAGAGGAUCACUCUCCUCCCUGUUCUCUACAGGACAUCCAGUCUUUUUCUACUCCAGAGGAACGCUCUGUCUGGAAGGCUAACUCCUGCACCCCUGAUUCUGCAGGCUAUAACACCGCCCGCCCUCUUGCCUGCCCUCCAGCUGGUCAUACACCACCUAAUCAGCCUUUUGAUCAUUUGAUGAUGGAUUUCAUUGAGUUAACACCUGCAGAAGGUAAGAAAUAUUGUCUAGUUAUGGUAGACAUGUGGUCAAAGUGGGUUGAAGCUUUUCCAGCAAAGCAUGCCACAAGUUCAGUCGUGGCUAAGGCUCUGGUGACCGAAAUCAUUCCAAGAUGGGGGAUUCCAGUUAAGGUCUCAUCUGACAAUGGUUCACACUUUGUAAAUGCGGCCCUGAAAGAGGUAAGUGGACUAUUGGGGUUCCAGCUUAAGACUCAUUGUGCUUAUCACCCGCAAUCAGGCGGAGCAAUUGAAAGAGAGAACGCCACUUUAAAAGGUAAGUUGGCUAAAUGUUGUGAAGAAACAGGACUGUCUUGGCCAAAAGCCCUCCCACUCAUUCUUAUGCACAUGAGAAUGAGGAAACGUGCCCGGACAAAUCUUAGUCCAUUUGAGAUUCUGUUUGGCAGACCUCCCUACACUGGUCUGGAUCCUCCAGGACUCUCCGUGUCUACCACAUACUGUGAAAGUAACAUGCUUGCUUAUUGUCAAAAUCUGUCCAAAGUUCUCUCACAGGUGCAGAGUGUGGUGAAAGAGGCCCUGCCACGCCCAGCAUCAGAUCUGCUUCACUCCUUGGUUCCGGGAGAUUGGAUCUUGGUUCGAGAGACGAGGAGAAAGCACUGGCGGUCUAAAAGGUGGCUGGGUCCCUUCCAGGUCCUGUUGGUCACUCAUACAGCCGUGAAGGUCGCUGAAAGGUCCACGUGGAUUCACGCGUCCCACUGUAGAAGGUUUCAAAGUACCCCAACUCCAGCUGACCUCUCAACCACAGGGCAGAAUAAUCCCUGA